AUGUUUACACUUGACUCCCUGAAGGAAGCUUUACUACAAGCGAGCCCUCGCACUUUCCCGGAGAAGCCGAUUUCCGAAGAGAAGUACAGAGCUGGUUUUGAUGAAUUAAUGAAAGGUUCAGAGCUGAUAACGUACCGUGAGUUCAUCAUUCCACAGCUCUCCAGGCUCCUAGAAGCCCUUACCAAGACGCAUAAGCAUCUCUCGGUCUUGGAAAUAGGCCCUGGUGCUGAAAGCGUGUUGGGACAUCUGCCAAAACACCAAAGAGAGAAAGUCGGCAGCUAUGUUGCAUUCGAGCCUGUUGGCCUCCUUGCCGCUAAGCUGAAGAACUGGCUAUGCUCUAAAAUCGGAGGAUCAACCCCAUUCCCAAACCAGCGGUGCCUGCCCAUUGUCCAUGAGAUGGCAUUCCAUCCACGGCCCGAGAGAAGAUGUCCUGUAAAUGACAGCUAUCAAGGACGGUUCCACAUUAUUCUCUUCUGUCACAGUAUAAAGAAUGACCUUCCCGAAGGGAUGGCAUCUGUGACCAAUCGUGACGAGGAAUUGAACAACUUUGCUUGUUUGGUCGCGGGUUUUGCGGCAAAAGACGACGAUCUUCAAUGCUCCAUCCAAGAACGAUGGCGAGAUAUUUGUCGCGAGUGCGGUGAUGGAGAUUUUCUUUCGAACCGUCUUUUUUUCCGCUCCCCCACCAUGCUGGCCACCUUCACCAAGCGCUCUGUCUCUUUUUCCGAACUGGCCAUGCAAGUGCCUCUACGAAGUGAGAAAAGGCGAUUGAAAAACCGGGAAGCAUCUGACAAUCAGCCCACUGCGGUCCUCAGGCCAACCACCAUUCGUCAAAUACAGCAAUGUAUUCUUUGGGCCAUCAAGCAUGGCUUCAGUCUGAGUAUUAUUGGCGGAGGACAUAGUGGCCACUGCGUGAGGCCCAAUGUGGUUGCGAUUGACAUGGAAGCCUUUGAUCAGCUUCAUAUUGUUCCGGCAGAAGAGAAUGAAUCUCGACCCUUUACAGGGUCUAGAGCCUUGAUAGUCGCUGGUGCUGGCUGCAAGACUGGGGAUAUCACCCGCCGGGCAAGCGAUGCACACCUCACGAUCCCUCUAGGAGCACGCCCAAGCGUUGGGGCUGGACUAUGGUUACAAGGAGGUAUUGGGCAUCUGACGAGAACAUUUGGGCUCACGUGUGAUGCCAUUGUUGGUGUCGUAAUGGUGGGUGUGGAAUCUGGGCAGGUGCUCUGUAUCGGCGAUGUACCGAGCAGCCACCAACCGGCUGACGCAAUCCGCCCGGAGUACGAAAGCGAUCUGUUGCCCGCCAUCAAAGGCGCAGGAACCAACUUUGGCAUCGUACUCAAGGUAGUGUUCAGAACAUUUCCGGUACCAACAUAUCAUAUCCGCGAAUGGGUUCUCCGAAUGAAAGAUCAGGAAGAGGCAAUCCUCAAGCUUGGCACUUACACCAUCUGGUGUACCGACAGUCUUCCCCUAGAAUCUUCAGCUGAUUUCUAUCUCUACGUGGAAGCUGAUCAGCUGUGUCUUGGAGUCACUGUGAUUGAGUUAUCCACGCAAAGGACCGAUCCAGAUAAUUCCGUGUCGGCGGCUAUGGAGGCGACUUUAGGUGCAGCAAAUACGCAUCGUACGGUAGACAGUCUUGGACUGUUCGAUGUUGACAUGUAUAUGCAUGGAAUGCAUGGUGGGCAUGGAAAGGGCAAGACAAGCUCAUUCAAACGGUGCGUUUUCUUGAGGAACAUGGCUAACCCCGCCACAACUUUGGUUAAGGCUAUUGAGACACGCCCAACCCCAAUGUGCUAUUUACAUCUUCUACAAGGAGGCGAGGCGGCCCAGAGAGUAGCCACCCCCAGCGCAUUCAGUUGUAGGAACUGGGAUUAUGCGUGCGUCGUUACCGGCAUCUGGCCACGCGAGGACGAUCACACGGCACUCCGGCACUCGGUUGUGGACUGGGUGUAUCAAGUCACUGCAGCGCUUCUCCCCUUUAGUGAUGGCGUCUAUGGCGCCGACCUUGGGCCGGAUCCACGGGAUAAGAUGUUAGCAUGCCGGGCUUUUGGAGCCAAUUUGCCGGCUCUAGCUUGUUUAAAACGCCGGUUAGAUCCGCACGGCGUGUUAGUGCAUGCUUGUCCGCUCCGAGAGCCACUGGUCGGACCGAAGCUCAUUAUUAUGGUUUCAGGCAGCAGUGGUGCCGGAAAGGACUAUUGCGCUGAUGUGUGGAGUAUCAGUGACAAGACCAAAUGCGAUUAUGCGGUAGCUGCCGGUGCCGAUCGGGAUCGUCUUCUGUGCGAUCGCGAAUACAAGGAACACCACCGGGCCUCAUUGACAGCAUUCUUCCGGGCUCAGCUCAAGAGACAUCCUCAGCUCCUCGAAGAGCACUUCUUGCAGCUAGUCGCAACUGCAGCAGAUAUAGAUGUACUGCUCAUCAGUGGAAUGAGAGAUGAAGCUCCAGUCUCGACCUAUUCGCCCCUUGUACCACGGAGCAGGCUGCUUGAGAUACAUGUAUCUGGCCGGGAAGAGGAGCGAACUUCUCGCCAAGGCCAUUGCAAUAUCAGCGCCAGGGGCCAGGCACAUGGAGAAAGCAGCGACAAUACGUCGGGAACAGCACUUGCGAUUCCGAGCCUCGAGUUUUAUAACGACGAAAGCGGCCCGGUCCAAGCAAGUGAAUUCGCGCGAAAAUACAUCCUACCUUUCCUGAGCAAAGACCUGCAGCGCUUGGCUGACAUGGUCCGUUCAGUAUCCGGAUUUCCACGCUCUGGGGUCACAUUCCAGCAUGUGCUGAACAUAGUGCAAGUUCAAAGUGGACUGCCUUUGUGUGCACAUCUCAUGAAGACACAUUUUGUCGGUGACUGGACUCAAGUCCAUAGGAUCGUAUGUUGCGAGGUUGGCAGCUUUCCUUUUGCGUCGGCUUUGGGGACGACUGUCGACAUACCCUUAGUCCUUAUCCGCGAAGCAGGCAAGCUUCCACCGCCAAUCGUUUCUGUGCACAAGCCCAAAUCUCAUAUCGCGUCUUGCCAUUCAAGUGAUGGUCGGAUCGAAAUGGACCCGAGCCUGAUCCCUAGCAACACAUCGAUUGUGAUAGUGGAUGACGUUUUGGCUACAGGCAGGACACUGUGUGCCACGAUAGAUUUGCUCAGGAAAGCUCGUGUUAUGGUCCAUGAUAUAAGUGUGAUGGUUGUCGCCGAGUUUCCAAUCCACCGCGGGCGCGAGCUUUUACGGCAACGCGGAUACGGCGGAAUUCGUGUCCAGAGUCUUCUUGUUUUUGAUGGUGCCUGA